AUGACGUCUAACAACACAAACACCGUCUAUGUCAUUACUGGAGGUAACAGAGGCAUAGGCCUUGGACUUGUCAGAGCUCUUGUCGCUCGUGCCCAUUCCACUGUCUUUACGACUGUCCGCAGUGACAAGUCGCAGUCAUCUCUUGAAGCUGCUCUUGAAGACGCCCCAAGAGGUGAUGGCAGUACCAUCUCCGUCGUCCAGUUGGACUUUUCCACUGCCCUCUCUCCUGAGUACAUCAGGGCCGCCUUUGACGUUGAUCGCGUCGACGUACUGAUCAAUAACGCCGCCUUCAGCCCCCCAAGUCACCCAGUACUUGAGAUACCCACCAGUGAUCUUCGAUCGUCUUUUGAGAUCAACACUAUCGGUCCCCUUACCGUCACUCAGGGCCUUUGGCCGUACUUGCAGAUGUCUUCUGCCCCUAAAGUUGUCAAUGUCUCUUCAUCAGUUGGAUGUAUUACUUUCCAGGAGGUUGUCGCUGGCGCAUAUGGGCCUAGUAAAGCCGCUUUAAACUGGCUUACGCAGGCUUUGCAUGUGCAAAAUGAUGGUUUGGUUGCUUUUGCGCUUCACCCAGGCUUUGUGAGCACGGAGAUGGGUGAUGCGGCCGCGACGGAGUGGGGAUUCCCUUUGGCCAUGCUUGAGAGUGUCGAAAGAUCUGUCAAGGACAUGCUCGAGAUAAUUGAUGGCGCUACUCGAGAGAAGACUUCGGGCAAGUUCGUCACGAACAAAGGCCAAGAGCUCCCUUGGUAA